UGAGCGGCAGUUGUGUAGCCGGAGUCAGUGAUAGCUCGCGACCAACAAGGAAGACAGUGACGACGACGACAACGACGACGGCUUAGACGAUGUGGUGUUGUUUAAUAAAUAAUGAAAGCUACUUACCAGUGGAGCAAUUGGUGCUCUUUCAGCGAACAUUGCUUACUUUUGGAAUCUAAUCUCGUCGCGGGCAAAGAUACGCGGUCCAUAUCGGACGACGGCAGACGGUAACAGUGAACCUGAGCGGACAUCGGUGUCGGGCUUGUUGAUGGUGGUUUUACGACUGUGUGAUUGACCUUGGUAGUGGGGCCAGAAACGAACAGAGGCGUCAAGUAGGUACUUUCUGCUGCAGCACGGGCAUACAACAAGUGCACUGCGAAAUGUGAUUGAUUGUUGUUUUGAUACCAAACUCAAUCAGAGUGCCAAUCGGUGGCUCUUAUUACCAGCAGCCUCUAGUGUGGAGUGCAGCACAAUUCGCAAUACUUUCGCAAACCUGUCUCAGCAGGUGUGGUGCCUCCUUCGGAUUUAUUUUCGGAUUUGUUCCCGGCCAAAAUAAGGCGGAUUAGGAAUUGAUGAUUUCUUAGUGUGGUGAGUUUGUUGUUUCGCUAUCUGUCGGAGUGUAGCGUGGCGCGGCGUCUAUUUCUCGCUGGACCGGUGUAUGCGGUUUAAUUAUCACGAUGUCAACAUUUUUCACCACCAACCGGCACGGGUACAGCGUGCGCUUCUCGCCCUUCAAUCCUGACCAGUUUGUGGUGGCCUCUAGUCAGUUUUAUGGCCUAGCCGGCGGUGGCACUCUAUACUUUCUGGAGCUCUCCGGCGAUGGUGGUGGAAUCGUGGAAAAGCGAACCCACAACUGGACCGACGGACUAUUUGACGUGACAUGGUCCGAAUCGAACCAGGAAAUCGUCGUAUCCGGCUCCGGUGACGGCAGCGUUCAGUUGUGGAACCUUAAUCUCAGUGCCAACAACGGGCCUCCCCAAAUGGUCUAUCGCGAGCACAAGAAGGAGAUUUACAGCGUCGACUGGAGCAAGGUGCCGUACGAGCAGCUGUUUAUCAGUGCGAGCUGGGACAGUACGGUGAAGAUUUGGGAUCCCAUUCGAAAUCACUCGCUGAGCACCUACAUCGGGCACAGUCAGCUGGUUUAUAACGCGGUAUUUGCGGCUCACAUCCCGAACACGUUCGCCAGCGUUAGCGGUGACGGUAUGCUGAAGAUUUGGGACAUUUUAUGCUAUGAUUUACCGAUUGCCAGCAUUAAAGCCCAUGAGGGAGAGGUACUAACAGUGGACUGGUGCAAGCACGAUUCGAAUGUCCUAGCGACUGGCGCAUCCGACGGUCUGAUUCGAGUGUGGGACUUGCGAAAUUUUGGUGUCCCACUGGCCGAACUAAAGGGCAACGAGUUUGCCGUAAGGAAAGUACAAUUUUCACCCCAUAACCUGUCGGUGCUGGCCAGCGUCGGUUACGAUUUCACCACCCGUAUCUGGGAUUUCAAAAAGAGCAACGAGGCACUGGAAACUAUUAAACAUCACUCGGAGUUCACCUACGGGCUGGACUGGAACCGUCGCCGUCAGAAUCAGUUGGCCGAUUGCGGUUGGGAUUCGCUGGUGCAUGUUUUUAAACCGGAUUGCCUUGCUGACAAAAUUUAAACGACGUUAUUGCGACACAAAUUACGCAACAACAAACGCAGAAAAAAAUUCAGAUUCAGAGAAUUUCCAAAAGGAAGCGAAAUUAUAUUCAACGUUAGGACAGAGUAAAAUUAAACCAAAAUUGUGAUUUAGGCAAUAAGUAGUCUAAAAGAACUAUUGGACAAAAAUUAUUUUAUCUGCAGAGGAUAAGCAAAACGAAAAACAAAAGUAUGUGUAAUAACUAUGGUUCGGUGUAAAUGGAGUCCAAGUCUAAAUUUAAUCAAUUGUACAGGCAACGGUAGUAGAUGUAAACACAGUUACACACCUGUGUGGAGAGGAAGGUUCAAUCCGGAUGAACCUUCCAGAGAGUUAGGCCCAGUCACUCCACCCGUUAGAGCGGUGAAAGUGGUAGUUUAUAUUAAACUGUAAUUUGUAAUUGUUUUACUGUGUAAUUUAUGUACUUACGAAUAGUUUGCAGUUGUAAAAAUGGUAACAAUGGUAAUGGUUCAAAAUUAGUCCAAUUGAUUGAUGGGUUCGAAAAGUUUUUUGUUCGGCUAUUUUAUUAUUAUUAUGUUAUUUUUGUUAUCAGAUGUAUUGUCGCUCAAAAUUGAAAAAUAAAUGAACUAUUUUAUA